AUGCAGUUCACCACCGCCAUCGCCCUUCUCAUCGCUGCGGUCGGCAUCAACGCCGCCCCAGCAGGAAUGAGCAAGCGCCUUGAUGCCAUCCCCCUCAGCUUCUAUUCUGGCGCCGGCUGUAACACCGGUACCGCCGUCACCACCGCCUACAUCCCCACUGAUGGAAGCUGCUUCCCUACUUCGCCAAUUUUCAGCGGCAACACAGACUCCGCUCUAAUCAGCCAGACCAACUUGCAGACGAUGCCUGCCGGCUGCACUCUCGUUGCGUACUCCGAUAACACGUGCUCGAGCGUGAAUAAGAUUGUCUACGAUGCCACUGGCCGCUGCGGCACUUUCGGACCUAACAAGCCUAUCUUCUCUGCUAAAGCUGCGGGUACCUGCCAGUAG